AUGGCGGCUCCGCCCCCUCCCAUGACAUUCCCCUGCACUUUUCCACUGCACGAGCUUCACAAAGGAUCAACUUGCUUCGGUCAUCAGGUUGUGAGAAGUUGUGGAGGUUUCCCAUUAGCGACCAAAGUAAUUGGCGGUGAACUCAAGGGCAGGCACCCUGAUAUAUGGAGAAAGAAGUCAAAAGAAUCGUCACAGAGCGCAGACUAUUCUCCUUCAGGGGCGCUUACUUAUCUCCAUAAUGAUUUUGAAGCCGUUAGAGAAUUCUUCAUGGACCUUGGCUCAUUCCCUAAAAAUCAAGUUAUCCCUGUUACUGCCUUAAGCGACAUGUGGGCAGAGCUUUACCAGGAUGAUGAUGAUGGAAUAGAAGUGAUGAGCCACAUCCGCCAAUUGGCACACAUGAAUUUGGUUGAUAAGGUGGUUCAAAGGCGAAUUGGAAGUGAUGAAGACAAUAGCCACAAUAACCACAUCCUAACCCAGCAUAAACUUCUCAGAGUUGGCCAACAAAUAUUCAAGGGAGGGCGCAGUAUUAGAGAGGAAAAGGCUAAUUCUUGGGAGUGA